AUGUUAGCAGUUCAAUCUAUAUUAAUACUUAUUAAUCCUUAUGUUCAUUCUUUACAGAUACUUCGAGAUAAUUCAUCUCAUACUGCAUCACUCAAACUAUGUGAAAACACUUCUACUGGUGAGAUCGCUACAAUAAUAUAUACAAAUAAUACUGUUAAUAUAUCGCCACGAAGCAUUAUUAUUUGGCACCACUCAGAUUCUUUAUCUAAAUUUAUAAAUAUUCUUAGCUCUCAAUAUGAGCCACUCCAAUAUCUACUACUUUUUCCUCAUAGAACACCAGGGUGGCAUCCCAAUAAUUGCUAUAAUUUGUCACAGAUUGAUUGGUAUCGAUGUCAUUUAUUACAUGAGCAGCGGUUUUUAAUAUUUAGAAGGUUGACAUCUGAAUAUUUAGUGGACAUAUCAACUACUGCAAUUAUUGAAGACGAUUUUGAAGAUAAAGAUGAUAGAGAUAAAAAAAAAAAUCUACACCUUCCCGCCUCAUUCUUAGGAUCAAAAAGGUGGUGUUCUACUCGCGUUGCCAAUGCCCUUGCACUUGCUU